AUGCAUCAAGCAAUAACACAGACGGAUAAAAAGUUGACACCACUAAACCUUUCAGAAAAAUCUUUCGACCCUGAGGCAAAGAUAACCCCAGUGCAGGAUCUGGUUCGCCAAUGGAAAGCCAAACCACUACAUGGUCGGUAUAGGAGCCGCAUAGAAGACAACGCCAUUGACACGAAGGCUCCCAAGGAUGGUUGCAGUCAGGUAAUCUGUUCCUGGAGACGGAGGGCUUCAUAG